AGCAGUAUUAUGAGCACUUAUUGUCUGAUUAUUUCAGGAAAAACGAUUUUUUGGAAGUAUGUGGAUAAAAGACAUAAAGAACUGAAAGAACAAGCCAUCAAAGAAAAAAUCAACUCAUUUGCUCAAACGGUUUUUGAGUUGUAGAUGUAAUUUGACAAAUAUUUUGGCAAAACCACGCCUCCCGCUGACCACGCCCUCGGCGGAAGAUUAUUGGCCCUAUUUAAGACAGGUGCGUCGUUCGCCAUGCUGACUAGUUACCGUG